GUGGAGUUGCUUUACUAUGGAAUAUAAUGGUGAAAGGUAAACAUAAGAAUAAAUAAAAAGGAGAACAAAAGAUGGAUUAGGUUCAAUAAAUAAGCUAAUCCUUUAACAAAAUGUAACGAACUCACUCUUAACACAUUUUAUAACACAAAUUAAUCAUGUGUAUACAACUUUUUAUUGUUACAUAAUGAAUAAUGACACAAAAAAAAUGUUAGGUUUUGUUGGAAUAACCCCAACAAUUGCACCAUAACUCAAUAUCACAACAACUCCAUUAUGUCCUAUUAUGAUUAUAUUUCUAUAUAAAGUUUCAAUCUUGACCAUAAUUUCAUAAUCAAUCAAACAAAUCAUAAAGAAGAAAAAAAAAAAUUUAUUUUUCCCUAUAACCAAAAUCUCAAAAUGUUAUCACCAUAUUCCAUUUUCUUUGCAAUUUUCUUAGUAGCCAUAACCAAAUUGUCACCCCUUGUUGUUGCCAUUGACACUCAAGUUCCCGAAGGAUCGAUACUCGAGUUAUACAUGCAUGAUAUCCUGGGAGGAAAUAAUCCAACAGCUCGACCAAUUACCGGAUUAUUAGGGAAUAUAUAUAGUGGACAAGUUCCUUUUGCAAGGCCUUUAGGUUUUCAACCACCUACAGAUGGUGUAGCAAUUCCUAAUUCUAAUGGUGCAAUUCCAACAUUUAAUAUCAAUGGUGUUCCACUAGGAACUGGCUUAGCAGGCACAAUAUUUGCUGGAAAUCAGAAUGGCCAAGCUAGUGGUGUGACUACUCAAUUAGGCCCUGAUGGAUUGGGCCUCGGGUUUGGUACCAUUACAGUUAUCGAUGACUACUUGACAUUGUCCCCUGAGUUAGGCACACAAAACCUUGGAAAAGCACAAGGUGUAUAUGUAUCAAGUUCUGCAGAUGGAAGUACUCAAAUGAUGGCGUUUACCGCCAUGAUGGAAGGAGGUGAAUAUGGCGAUAGCCUCAAUUUUUUCGGAGUUUAUAGAAUUGGAAGCACAAUGUCAAGAAUAUCAGUUACAGGAGGAACUGGUAAAUUUAAAAAUGCUUGUGGAUUCGCGGAGAUUCGUUCACUUAUACCAACAGGGCAACAUGUUAUUGAUGGUGCUGAGACAUUGUUAAGGAUUACUGUUCAUCUUACUUACUGAAAAAAAAAAUUCUUCAAGCAAGAGAUGGUGGAUUGUUUAUAUGAAAAAAUGAAUUUGAUUGGUGUUUCUUUUAUAAUCUUGUAAUAUUUUACUUUUGAAUUGAAUAUAAACAUAUACGAUA